GGCAGUUUUACUUGCACAUGUGAGAACAGAGAGAUGUGGAAGAUCCUGGAACUUGUCAUCUUCUGUGGCCUUCUGAACCCCUUGCGGGGCAGAGAACCUGGGAUUCGGUCUGCUAUGAGCUCAAGAUCACUGAGCAAGGGUCUCUUGUCUGUGAUGCGACGCAAUGAGCAGUUCCAGAGUCAUCUGCUUGGCAUGACACUUCCCGACAUUGUGACUGGAGGAGGAGGACAGCUCGGUGAGCUUGCCAGCAUCCAUGGGCUGCAUGUUGUGAGUGUCCAAAUCUCUGGUAUUUCAAUGAUGCUUUUGCCAGGAACUGGCAUCGACCUCUUCAUGAGCACCCAGCUGAACAUCAAUGGCAAUGCGAUGCCUGCUCUCUCCUCUCUGGUCAGCAUUAUGGUAGAUAUGAAGUCCCAAGCCAGGUACAGAUGUGUGGACUUUUCAGCUGGUACCUUCAAAAUCCUCUUUGAGGAAUGUAGUGGCCAGUUGGGAGCCAUUGAGAUUAAUCUCUCAAGUGGGGAGUAUUCAGACAUGGACAGACAUGCCAUACAGGAUUCUCUCAAUGUGCAGCUUACCCGCCAGAUAUGUGCAGUUGUGAAGGCUAUUCUGGACAUGGUAACAUUGCGGCUGCUAGGCACUGUGAAUGUGGAUCUUCAGAUGGGCACAUAUGGAAGAAUCAAGUACCGGCUGUGGAGCUUGCCUGAUAUAUCCAGUUCCCAUGUUGGAAUAUAUGUUGAUACUGAGGUCCUGGUACCAGGAAGAGGAAUCCUCUCCAUCCCCAAUGAGGCUCUCCCCAUUAAUGUGCCGUCCAUCGACAACUUUAAGAUCUGCCAGAGGCUCCAUCUGGCUUUCUUGGACAUUGUACUCUCUGCCUUGUUCAGAGAGCCCCUGGAGUUGAUGCGGUCCCCUGAUGAGGUGCCUGACGACAUUGAGCUGAGGAAUGCCUUUGAGUCUCUGAGUCUGCGUCAGGACUCUGAAGACACAUCCAGAAUCACACCCCCCUCGGAUACCUUGUACCUUCAAAUUUCUCUCACUGAAGAUCCAGUGGUGGUAGCUGGAUCUGACAAAGCUGUUCUGAGGCUCACUGGACAAAUUAAGCUGGUCACCAGGAAUAUGUACACGUCUGCUUCUGUGGUAAUCACCAUCAGGAAUGUCCUUGAUUUGGACACCAGGUUCUCUGUAGUUAGCAACAGGCUGAUGGUUGCUGUGUCCCUCUCCAGCUAUGAUCUGUACUUGGAAUCUUCAGAGUCCAACAACGCAGACGUCCCCACUCUCACUUGGACCUUCAGCAGCUUCCUGAGGGCAACCUUUGUGUAUCUUCUCAAUGGGCGCCUCAGUACUGGAAUACCACUUCCGAGAAUCUUGGGCAUUGCAUUGACUGAUGCAAACAUCCAGAUUUCUCCGGAUGCCGUUGUGCUGUGUGUCUGAGCAAGAGGAGCCGUCAGAUCCGGAGGUCUCUGAUGCCAGAGGAAAAAGUAGCCCAGCAAGGAGGACGUCCCUACCUUCCUCUUCUGCUUUGUUUUGCUUGUGGUCUUUCAAUAAAUUCUUCCUUGU